AUGAAUACCGCUAAAGUUUUGGAAAAUGUGAAGGCUAUGGGUGUUUUGCGACUCUUUGUGACAGUAUCUUUUUAUGGCAUACUGAUUACUGGGUUUUUCCUCAAUUUGUUAAUUUUCCCGUUUUAUAUGUAUGUCUACAAGAAGAACAAGGAAAAUGAUGGAACGACACCUCUCUCCCCAGUUACAAAUCACUUUUACAAAAUGGUCAGAACAGUCUAUGCCUUACCAAUGUGUUCUAUUGUGAUCUACAUAUUAAAAACUUUUAUAGCAGUGGAAAAUCCAGUUAUCGGCGACCUCUUGAUGGACAUCAUUUAUGUUUUUCUGUACAUCAUGUACCUUAUUAUUCAAGUCUAUCACUUAUUGAUCUUCCUGCUCGCAGUCGGAAGAUUCUUGCUUUACUUCUUCCCAAAAACUAAGGAAACUGUUUUAUCCGCUCAAAACAUUUUACAAAGAAAAGUGAAAUACAUUUAUGCACUGUUUAUAGUCAAGGAUUUCAUAUUUCUACUUUGUCUUGAAAUUGGAAAUUCAAUUGGGAGCAAAAGAAGAGUAGAACUGGCUAAAAAUUGUUAUGCGGCCAUAUUCUUUUCUAUAAACCUUCUGAUAAUCAUAUCCGCUAUCCUUUACAUUCCGAUUGUAAGAAGUGUUGGAAAGCUCGCGAUUGUAUUAUCUGCAAAACAAAGCAAACCUCAAAAAUACAUUUUAUGGCAGACUAUGAUAGUUUUCAUUUUCAAAAUGGUAACUUCAUUUGUGUUUAUAGAUUUUUUCCUGGACAAAGCAGCUGUCACAUUUGAGCUUAUACCAUACAUCAUACUAACAGAUAUUGUGAUAACACCGCUCAUAAUUCAAAUUUCGUAUUUGGGAUUUAACAAACGAAAUAUUGGAAUUUUAUUAUCAACGCUCAAGAUUCUGCCAUUUUCGAAUUGUUUGGCAAGAAAAACAUCAACUGUACAUCCGAUGAGAAGAGUGAUACAAUGA